AUGACGCUCUUCUCUAAUCCCAAUUUGCGUUCCCAAGUUCACGUGGAACGCUCAUUAACCACCCACUAUACCCUCACUUUUUCCUUCCCGCAAACCUCCUCCACGCAGUACCUGGUGCUUGCUCCGUUGGUAGCUCGAGCCAUCGACGCCAAUUUCCACGGCGGAAAGGACCCGGACAAUUUCAGCCUGCAUCUGCUGAUCGCAUCGGCGAUGCGGCUGCUGGUGGGCAUGGCGUGGAUGACUAUAUCGCGCUGGCCGCACCUCGUUCAUACCUCAGGUGCAUUCCCCACCUCACCCUUUCCCUCUGAUCCACAUGCCCUUCCCCGCCCUUAUCCUCUAUCCCCCACCCCUUCCCCGCCCCUUACUCCUAUCCCCCCCUCCCGCUCCUGCUCUUCCUACGAAUACCAAUCCCUUAAUCCCCCAUUUCUCCCCACACUCCCCCUCCCCCCUCCUCUCUCCCCCUCCAUCUUCUUUCCUUCCCACAGGGACGACUACAUCAUUCUCAACGCCCUUCUUGGCUUCGUGUUCCACGAGUGGGUACCGCUCUUCCAGAACUUCACGCUGGACGACUACAUUAUUCUGAACGCCCUUCUGGGCUUCGUGUUCCAUGAGUGGGUGCCGAUCUUUCAGAAUUUCGCCCCCUGCACGGCAUCCGGGCUGCUCAUCACGCUGCUCAUGCACGUCGGCCCCGCCGAGUUCCUCUACUACUGGCUGCACCGCGCGCUGCACCACCACACGCUCUACAGCAAGUACCACAGCCACCACCACGCGUCUUUCCUGACCGAACCCGUUACAGCGACGGUGCAUCCGUUCAUGGAGCAUCUCAUGUACGCGGCGGUCUUCGUGGUGCCCUUCUAUGCCUCGUGCCUGCUGGGCUGUGCGUCCGUGGGCGGCGUGUACGCGUACAUGCUCGCCUUCGAUGCGCUCAACUUCAUGGGCCACUGCAACUUCGAGUUCUUCCCUGCCUCGCUCUUCCGCGCACUGCCCUUCCUCAAAUAUCUGAUCUACACGCCAUCCUUCCACUCACUGCAUCACACGCAGGUGCACACCAACUUCUCCCUCUUCAUGCCCAUCUACGACUAUCUCGGUGGCACCUGGGACCCCAACUCUGACGCCCUCCACGAAGCUUCCAGGAAAGCAAGGAAGGAGCAGACUGAUUUCGUCUUCCUAGCGCACGGCAUGACCAUCCCCUCGGUGCUGCACAUGCCGUUCUUCCUGCCCUACUUCGCCUCCAAGCCAUUCGCCAUCACAGCGCAGCAGAUCCUCCUCCUCCCCGUCUCCGUCACGCUCUGCCUGCUCUACUGGGCCUUUGCGGCCGCCUUCCCCCGCUCCUACACCUACCUCCGCGGAAAGCGGCUGGAAUCAUGGGGCAUUCCCAGGCUCGGCUUUCACUACUUCCUGUGGUUCGAGCAGAAGCAGAUCAACCGGCUGAUAGAGGGGGCGAUUCUCAAGGCGGACAAGCAGGGCGUGCAGGUGUUCACUCUGGGCGCCCUCAACAAGAACGAGGCACUGAAUGGGGGUGGAACGGCGUUCCUCAAGAGCCACCCGAACUUGAAGCUGCGGUUGGUGCACGGCAACACGCUCACUGCCGCCGUUAUCUUGCAGGAGAUCUCCCCCGACGCCCACGAGGUGUUCCUCGCCGGAGCCACCUCCAAGCUGGGCCGUGCCAUCGCCAUCUAUUUGGCUUCCAAGGGCACCAGAGUGCUGAUGCUAACCACUUCCAAGGAGCGGUUUGAAUCGAUCCGAUCCGAAGCCCCAGCGGAAAAGCAGCACCUGCUGGUGCAAGUGACGGAGUGCAAGCAGGCGUCGCACUGCCGCGAGUGGAUCGUGGGCAAGUGGCUGUCGGCCAAGCAGCAGAGCCACGCCCCCAAGGGCACCUUCUUCCACCAGUUUGUGGUGCCUCCGCUGGAUGAGGUCAGGGGGGACUGCGUGUACGGCAAGCUGGCGGCUAUGAGACUCCCCAAAGACAUCGAGGGGCUCAACACGUGCGAGCUUCAACUGGAGCGAGGGGUGGUGCAUGCAUGUCAUGCGGGGGGGCUCGUGCACAUGCUAGAGGGAUGGCAGCACCAUGAGGUGGGGGCCAUAGAUGUGGCUCGCAUCGACAUCACAUGGCAGGCCGCCAUGCGCCAAGGCUUCUCCAGAGUAUAG